GAUGAGUUGUUCUAGAGAAAGAGAGCCUACAUCGCGCAGUCCUAAAUUUCGUGGCCCGCUUUAUCCUUUUUAUCACAAGCCACAUUUGGAAGGAAAAGAAUGCGACUUGAUGGAAAAACUCGACGAAGAUGCUACGGAUUUAAUUGAUACUAUCCGUUAUAAACGAGAAGGAAAAGCGUACAAACCACUAGACAGACUUCAGUCUUACACCAAAAUAAAUGAUCUGUUUGGCAUCAUGGUCGAUUUCCGUGAAAUGAUGGACGACGUCGAUCGAGACUAUCGAGAUGAGGAACCCAUACCUGAUUUGUUGGAGGAUACUAAAAUCAAAUGGGUAAAAGAAAGGCUGAAGGAGUGUGAUAAAAACGGCGUUCAUCUUUUGGUGUCGAAGUUCAGGUUGGAUAUACAGACCGGAGAUACCGUGGAAAGCAACAAGAAGGCUUUGUUAGAAAAAAAGAAAGCAGAAGAGGAAGAUAACCAUGACCAUGCCAAAGAUAUCAUAGAAGGCUUGAUAGCAAUAGUGGAGCCGUUGGACGAGCAACGGAAUUUGAUGAAGGAAUUUAUUUCAGAUUCUUUCAAGUAAGCAUACGGGCCUUUGAUUGAUCUAGUCCACUCGACGCUUUACCAUCGCUUAGGUUUGUGGUUCGAAGAUUUGUAUGUUCCACCCUAUAAAGUAGAUAAUCAGUAGAAAAUAUAUGUAAGAAACUUUUUUAGAUAAAUAAAAAAGGAA